CUGGAGGGCUAGUGGCCUCUGAAAUCGAUAGCCAAUCUGAGACAACCCAGUUUACCGGAAUAGCCAAAUUUAGUGUACCGCUCGCACCUUCCAACUCGGUGUCCCUGUGUUGAUUUGUCACGCAAGUUUUGGCGCUAGUGUCUGGGAGUUGGAGGCUUUCGCAUACUUUACGCAUUGGCCGCAAAACAACUUUGGGCGUAGGAGGAGGUAGUUUGUAAAGUGCAACUCAACAUGUCAACAAGGAUUCUUUUGGGCCAUCUUCGCAGUGGUGUAAUUUUCCCGAAGAAAAUCAAGGGUCUGUCCAGACUACGGACAAAUGUUUUAUCCGGACAACCGAGCUGUGCCAUCCAUGUGGAUAACCCCCCGGUGCAGCCCAGCCUGACCACCAGCUAUGCGCAGGGCACCUCCAACCAUCCUCUGGUGGGUCUCACCGUGGCCCAGGCCCUGCAGCGGGCCGUGGAGCGCUGGCCCGACCGCGAGGCCGUGGUCUGCGUACAGGACGGCGUCCGCAAGACCUUCACGCAGUUCCAGCAGGAUGUGGACCAGGCCGCUGCAGGUCUGUUGGCGUUGGGCCUGAAGAGGGGUGACAGGCUGGGCAUGUGGGGUCCCAACAUCUACGAGUGGAUACUCAUGCAGUUCGCCACCGCCAAGGCUGGCAUCAUCCUGGUGUCCGUCAACCCAGCCUAUCAACUACAGGAGGCGGAGUUUGCACUUCAGAAGGUGGGGGUGAAUGCGAUCGUGUGCCCCUCCCAGUUCAAGACCCAGAAGUACUAUGACAUGCUGAGACAACUCUGCCCUGAGAUGGAGACCUGCAGCCCUGGGGCUAUCAAGAGUAGCAGGCUGCCAGAUUUGAGGACAGUGAUCUUGACGGACAAGGAGGGGGAGCCGGGCACGUUUCACAUGAAGCACGUGAUGGACGCCGCAAGCAGCCAAUACGUGCAGGAGCUGCAGGACCUUCAGAGGAAGUUGACCUUCGACGAGCCAAUCAACAUCCAGUUCACCUCAGGCACCACUGGGGCCCCCAAAGGUGCCACCCUGUCCCACCACAACAUUGUCAACAACGCCUUCUUUGUCGGUGCCCGUGUGGGAUUCCACUGGAGGCCCCAUGUUAAGAUCUGCCUGCCCGUGCCCAUGUACCACUGCUUCGGCUCGGUGGGUGGUGGCAUGGUCAUGGCAGUACAUGGUGCCACCCUGGUGUACCCAUCCCCCGGCUACGACAGUCGUGCCAACCUGGCAGCCUCGCAGAACGAGAAGUGUACCUUUAUGUAUGGCACUCCGACCAUGUUUAUCGACAUGCUGGGUCAGCCUGACCUGGCCACAUACGACCUGUCUUCUGUAGAAGGAGCUAUCAUGGCUGGCUCCCCGUGCCCUCCAGAGGUGGUGAAGAAGGUUAUCAAGAAGAUGGACAUCCAGCAGCUAUCAAUUGGCUACGGCACUACAGAGAACAGCCCGGUCACCUUUGUUGGCUUCUCCAUCGACAGUGAGGAGAGGAGGACAGAGACCGUUGGAUGCAUCGCCCCUCACACUGAGGCUAAGGUGGUGAACCCCACCACGGGCCAGAUCGUCCCACUGGGCAGCCAGGGGGAGCUGAUGAUCAGAGGCUACUGCGUCAUGCUGGAAUACUGGAGAGACCCGGCUAAGACGGAGGAGUGCAUCACCAAGGACCGCUGGUACAAGACAGGGGAUAUAGCCACGCUGGAUGCGUAUGGCUACUGCAAAAUUGAGGGCCGCAUCAAAGACAUGAUCAUCCGGGGAGGAGAGAACAUCUACCCAGCAGAGAUAGAGCAGUUCCUCCACAAGCACCCCAAGGUCCAGGAGGCCCAGGUGAUUGGCGUGAAUGAUGAGCGAAUGGGAGAGGAGGUGUGCGCUUGCAUCAGGGUCAAGGCGGGCCAAGAGUGCACCGCAGAGGAGAUUAAAGCCUACUGCAAAGGAAAGAUCUCCCAUUUCAAGAUCCCGAGAUACGUGAUUUUUGUCGACAGUUACCCCCUCACCGUCUCAGGAAAGAUUCAGAAGAUCAAGCUGCGAGAAUUGAUGGAGGCACAGCUAGGACUCUAGUUGUUUUCAUGAAGGAAAGAGAUUAUUAUACAUGUAAAAAAUAUGGGCCACUCAAGCUAGGAGAUACUUGCACAUGGUGAAUGAUAUCCACAACUGACGAUCCACAACGCUUCAACAAGGUGCUAAAAUGAACGACAAGAACAAACACUAUACCUCACAUUCCAGACCAUAAAGACUGAUUCAUCGUACAGAUCAAGUCACAGGACACAAAAAGACAUGUUUAUUUUGCCUUACGAAGGCACCGAAAACAUGAAAUAACGCCAAAUGUAAUUGACUUUGUACAGAAGGGAACGCAACUCAGGUUUUGGGGCAGCAGGAAUGACUCAAGAGAGAAGUUGAACCAAAGAGUAAUUUAUUACAGCAAGAUACCCCAAACCCUGCCUACCCAAUCAAUGCAAAUUUGGUCUCCUAAGGGGGAGUCUCUGUUUUCUGUGGCGUUUGGUGACGUCUUGCAUAAGGUGUGCGCUACCGUCAUCUACAGGGUUAAGGGAACCCUAAAGUCCCCAAAGGUCUCCGAACCAAAGGUCUUCUAAAGGGGCGUUCACCUGACAUCACAGGGAUCCAGGAAAACUACAGGCUUGAUGUGUCUUACUCUAAAAGGAGGAUCUUUGAGUUGAACCUAAAGGUGGGGUUGCAGGUAUGACAUCACGUUGGGGGAACUCCCCCAGGAUUCUAAGGUUCUACAUAUGGUGCGUUCCCCAGGGUUGGGAGAUGGGAUGUUUCUGACCUCCUACUUGCUGAAAUGCAUUGGAACGCCUGUUGAAGUGGAAUGUUCAAGUCGCGAGCUGGGGCAAAAGCGAAGCAAACCGACUUCGCCCCAUUGACUAUCGUGAUGUCAUCACAGCAAUGGCAGCGCACAGUAUUAGGAAUAGUUUAUGUUGCACAUCACCAUUCUAUGGACAAAUAAAGUUGAUUCGGACAGGUUAACGGUUGCAAAACAGCCUAUUAACUUUUCUAAGGUGUAGUUAUAUUGACAUUGCGUAUUUCAAAGAUGAAAUGCGGCUAAAUGAAAAUAACGCAUGAUGUUGUUUACAUUGCUGACAUCUUUGAGAAGUGGAUAUGUAGUUUUUGUCCCUCCAUGUUUGUAGUUUGUUUGACUUGCUGGUUGGAACGCUUUCAAGUGGGAGGUAGCUGCCUUCUUGUUGCCUACUAGGAAGCCACUACCUCUGGGGAAUGCACCAAUAGACUCCUAUGAGCCUGCGGAGCCCCCAACGUGAUGUCAUAAUAGCACAUUUUCUUAAAAUGGUUAACCUGCAACCCCACCUAACCUUAACUAAUGAACUAAUUAACUAAGCUAACCUUAUAAUGAGCUAGGCCUGUGGCAUGGUUCGAUGACAGCUGUGGCAGCCAAUCAGAAUGUCGGAAUGCUUGCCUUCAUCCCACUUUGUUUUUGUCAUUUUUACUUUGCUUUUGCUGCUUUUGUUGCUGCUGAUCUGAAGUAUCAUUUUUUUAGCUUCAAGUAGCUUUUGCCGCUUUCGGUGUGUUCGUACAGUUAGAUUCUCAGAGUCAUGACGUACCAAAAGAAGGCAUAGCAAAACACUGCUAUUAUGUAAAAUCAAGGUUAAUUGAUGACACUUUUUAAUCUUUUUUUAACUAACAUGUUUCAAGUCACAUUUCUAAGGCCAAGUACUUUUUAAUGGACCGACCCAUUAAGUUGGGCAUUUGUUGUUGUUUGCACACGGGGACAAAAAGUUGAAAGGGAAAGUCCUGAUACAUGUUCCUUCAGGCAGUGUUCUCAACACAGGUGGAUUCACUAAAUAACUUCACGAUCUAGGGAUCAGCUGGUUCACUGAAUUGGCUGGAAUGAAUAUUAGGGCUGUAACAAUACAUUCAACUCACGAUUCGGUUCAUAUCACGAUUUAUGACCUACGGUUCGAUACACCCCACGAUUUCACAUAGUCAACAUUGUAAAAUAAAACUAUGAAUAAAAACUGUGAUAGUUUAUUGGUAGAAUAGGUUACAAGAGGCUUAUAAUAUUUUUUUAAGGUUUAAAUAAAAUAAUGAUAAUGAUUUGAAGCUUGGAAGCACCAUCACUUCAUAUCAUGUGGUUGUUUUCUGGACUGCUGGCCACCAAAACUUUGAAAGGGUGUAUCACAAUACUGCCUCCUUGUAUCACGAUCCAGUAUUGUAACUCUGUGUAUCGCGAUUUCUUGGUUCGAUACAAUAUCGUUACAGCCCUAAUGAAUAUUGUGGCAGCACUUUUAUUUUCUGAAACCAGGAUGCCCAAAUCUGCACAUUAGUGGGGCUAUCUCCGCACUCCAUGUCUUGAAAUCAAUGUUGUACAUCUUUACAGUGACCAUUGUUUGCUAAAACAAAGCAAACAACCGUGCCUUUAUUUUUGUUAACUCCUGCCAUGUUAUUGAGCCACGUAUGCCUUACGUUUUUUUUUUCAUUCUUGACCUUUAAGUACUGUACCUUUUCCAGUCCUCAUUAAACCUGAUUCGUAUGUUUUAAAUUCA